AUGCUUCAUGUGCAUGAUAGCUCCUCCAUCACUUGCAUCACAUGCCCACAAGGUUCAUACUGGAUGAGCCGUGAAUGGUGCCGAGUCGAGUGGUGCCCCGAGCUGUGUACUGUCUUUCGUACUGCCCAACAAAGUGAGGGUGAUAGCUUCUGUCAUGAGUUGAGCACAUUCUGGGCAUCUCAACUCCUGAAGGCACGCUAUAUCUGGUAUUGGAGUGCAAUGCGUGUGUUUUCCUCUGUACACGUAGUACUGUUGCACCUGGAUUAUUGCCCUAGGCUCAUACAUGUGCUUCCCUUGUCUGUGUAUGUGGACACUUUGCCUUGCCUGGAUACCCUGAAAAUUGUGUGUUGCGGUGAUCUGAGGGAGGUCUUCGCUUUGGACCCUAGGCAAAAGGAGCAGAAAGUUAUAAUGUUUCCAAAGCUAAGGAGCAUCCACCUUUAUGAGCUUCCCAACCUGCGGCGCAUCUGUGGGAGCAGGAUGUCGGCUCCCAACUUGGAGACCGUCAAGAUCAGGGGCUGUUGGAGCCUCAGGUGCCUUCCUGCUGUCAGCGGAAACAACGAGAAGCUGCCUAGUGUGGACUGUGAGAAGGAAUGGUGGGAUAACCUUGAGUGGGACGGGGUGGAGGCGAACCACCACUCUUCACUCUAUGAGCAUAGCCACUCAUCAUACUACAAGGCCCAGCUGCCAAGAGGCACAGUUUUAAGGUAA